AUGAUUCAAGACAGCUUCAGCCCCGUGAAAGAAAAAAAGAAAGUAAAGCAAUACGACAGCGUCAUUAGGGAGGCUUUGCUUUACUACAAAAGCGGGAACAGACUAAGCUGUAAGGACUACCUCUCAAGGGGAAGUGAUACACACGGGGGGGUGGACAAAAUAUUGGAAUCAAAAGGGAGAGGACGCACAAGCAGCCAAACCGACGGCGAUUAUGAUGCUGAACAAACCAAACCGAAUUGUCCACCCACCGGAGAGUACCAAAAGAACAACUCACUGGACUCCAAUUUAUGCUUUUCUGAGGAUUUCCAAAAAGACCAACUUCUAACUGCGCUGAAGCAGUACAUUAAUGAAUAUGUCGGUGAUCUGCAGGAAGCCAAGUGCAGCGAAAUAACCAACUGCGGUGAUAAGAAAAGGUUGUUAAAAAAAUACAUACACGAAAUUAAAAAAAAUAAUUUCCUCGUUUUGGAAGAUUUAUUUUUCUUCUUCAGCAUUAACAAUGAUUACAAGGAUUACGCACUCAGCAAAAUGUUCCACUGUCUACUCCUCGUGUUUGAAAAAAAAGAAGAAAAAUAUGUCCUACUCGUUUUGUAUACCUUAUUAGUGAUUCUAAAUGAGAGUAAUAUUAACAAGUUUUUCACCUACAUAAUUGAUGCUUUGAUUGCUACUUUAAAUGCGCAUGAGUGCACGUUACCUAUUGGCGAGGCUGACGACAACGUGAAGCUGUUCGACCACAAGCCGAUGGUUCUCACAAGUUACCUCGUGAAUGAAAACACAAGAUAUUUUUUGUUCGCGUAUUUUUACAUCCUCGUGCGCGACGUUUCGAGACAGCAGUUCAUGAAUCACGUGGACAAGAUAAUCCGGGUGUGUCUAAUGGGUCUGUUCGACCACUGCUGCGAAAUAAACUGCCUGAUGAUGAGCUUCAUCGAGGAAAUCAUCGAGCAAGUAGAAGACCACUACGUGAAUUACCACUACAUCAUCAGCACCUGCUUACUCAAGUGCCUUUGCAACAAGUACAGCAAAGUGAAAAUAAAAUGCAUGAACACACUGGUGAAGCUAAUUCUACAUAAUAGCAAUUCCAAAAAUUACAAAAUUAUUGAAAUGCUAAUUGGAUAUAAGGAUCCAAACGUAGUCCCGAUAAAAAGCUUCUACGACCAGGCCUAUGUAAAUAUAAAUUAUUUGUGCAACAUAUAUAAUGAUAGAAGCACAAGAGUGAAGUUUCAAUUUUACUCAUUCCUCUUCAUAUUGCUCUACGAAUUUAACGAGUCAAACGAUUUUGUCACCUUUUUAUUGCCCUACCUCUUUUCGGCCUGUUUUGAUAAUUACAAAAUAUUCAGAUUGGUAUCUUUUUUGUACAUCCAACUAAUAUGCAGAAGGAAGAGGUUCGAAUUGGACAAAAAUAUGAACGAUGAAAUUAUCUACCAGUUUAACCCUGAGUGGUCCUACAAGACGGCCUUCACCUUACCGUUGCCCCUGACGGAUUAUUACUUCCCUCCCUUUUGUCGUAGCUCCUUUUUGGUGAACAAAAAUAUGUACACCUUAAAUCGGUGGAAGUAGAUGAAAGAAGAAGAAUAUUCUGUAGAGUACCACGAAAAGUUGAUCCAAAAUUUUCUCCAGAGCAAUCAACGUAUUAUGGACAUACUAAGAGAAAACAAAAUUACUCAAAUAAAAAUUACCCACAACGAAAUGAACAAACAGUGCAAGCAACUCUCCUUCACCAUUUUAAAUGCUUACUUUAAACAUCUGUAUAUGAAAAAAGAGGAUGAAUCGAAUAAAUUGGAAUCACUGGAGAAUGCCAAAAUUAUUUUGUUACUAUUUUAUUUCAUUGAAGAAAAUAUAACAGAACAUCUUCCCCAUUUCUUUACACAUCACCUUUUUGCAUUUGAAAAAAAGCUAGACGAAGAGCGCUGGUUCAUUUAUAUGAACUGUCUCUACCUCGUGGGUUCUUAUGUUAAUCCAACUAACUACUAUUUCUUCCUAGAAAAUUACUUCAAAAAUGUAAAGGAAAAUAAUCAAAAGAAUGUCACGCUGACUUGUCUUUAUAUUCUAGACAAAAUUUGCAUGGGGACCAUAGAAACGUAUAAGGAUAUCCGUCGAAAGGGACUUACCCGCGAUGGGAUUCAUUCCAGUUUUGUCCUCGUGCUGGAAAAAAUUAUAGGCCUUUUUUUUGGUGUCAUAAAUGGGGCGCAGCAUGUGGAGAGGUACCUCCUGAUUCUUCAGAUAAUCCACACCAUCCUGAGCAGCGAGUGCGCGUAUGAAAGACUGGAUGAGAAGCACAUCACCCAGUUGGUAAUACUACUGUACAUUAUAUUCAACAAGGUGAAGAACGUUAGAGAAAACUUAACCAAAGGAAAGGACAAAAUCUGCCUGAAUAGGAACUUCUACCUACCAGUGGAUGUGUUGGACAUUCAUUUUUACAUUACCAGAAUAAAAAAGAUAAAAAACUUCGAACAAUUAGACAUGAGCCAAGAGCAAAUAAACAUCAACGUGGGGUCAGAAAUACUUUACAAAAUAUUCAGUCUCUCAGAUGAUAACAUAAAUCAAAAGACAGCAAUUUUACAAAUCCUGCCAGACGAAUUUCUCUACAAUUCACACUAUGUGUACUUCUUAAUUCAGUACAUAAUUAAAAGGCAGACGUUUUUUUAUGACCAAAGUUUUUCUAUCUUUUUGUGUAAAAUAAUGAUUAAACUGUUCAACCUGAACCAAAACAAAAAGAACAUAACCAAAGUGGUACUUUACAACGAAGAGCUAGCCUUAUAUGAUGUUCACCAGGAAAGAAGAGACAAAAAUGCUAAGCAGGUAAAGCACGUGUUUCUCGAAUACGCCUGUACAAUAUUUUUACUGUUUAUAUUCAAAAAUGUCAAUAUAUAUGAACCAUUCAGCAACGUUGUUGAAACCUGUAAAGUGGUGUUGCACCUCCUCACUGAGGUGAAGAACCCCUAUUCCUUUUUGUUCUUCAUCAAGCGCACGAGCCUCGUCAGCAAGCUGUGCGAUAUACUCGAGUGCAGAGAAGCGAAAAGCAUUUUUUUUUGCAAACAUGUCCUAAAUGACCUGCACAUAAAUUACGAAAAAUAUAUGAACAACGAUGGGGACAUAAAAUAUCUGGACCACAUAAACAUAGGGAAAAAAAUUGGCCUCAGAAAGCAGGUGAAUACCGAGGUGGAUAUUCUGUUCUACUUUGUAAGUACCUGCAUUUAUUUAAUAUACUACAAAUCGUUAGCCUGUUUGUCUGUGCUGCUGAAAGACCAGGCAGAAGAAAUAGGGCACCUAAAAAUACAUGAAGCUUUUAGAAUCCUUUUUGAUGGAACAGAAAAACGGGUUCUACAAAUAUUAAAAAUUAAAGAACAGGGAAGUUAUACCAUCUCGAAUUUGUAUAAAAAAACCAUUGAAGAUAUGCUCCUUGAAAAAAACAACUUUUCAGAGCUAUUUUCUUAAAUGUUUUUUCUGAACCCGGUAAUUCUUCACUACUUUUAUGAAGUGAACCAGGGGAGUUUGCCCAGCUCGACCGUUGCAAAUCUCUUAAGUGGUCAUAAUGAGUCAGGGAAACUUUCCACAGAAAACAUUCCACGUGGUAGCGACAAAAUUGAGCAAAAAACACAAAGCAACAGUGAUAACAACCCACAUCAGAAGCAAAACAAUUUCGUAAAAGAAUUGGAAUCAUUUUUUCAGAAGGAAGAGAUACACAAUAUAGAGGGUAUCAAAUAUGAUCAUACCAAUUUGGAAAAUUAUUUUAAAUCUCAUGACCUCGUUUUUUUUAUACUUGAACAUGGUGUUUAUCACAUUCCCUUUCGUGUCCUGGAAAGGAAUUCAAUCAUUAUUUUGCUUUAUUCCUCUUUGCUAUUUUUUGUGGAUGAAUUUUUCCAAAUCAGCGUUCUAGAGAAUGGCAACGAGUCAUCCUUUUUGUCCUACACCAGUGUGGGACUUUCGAACGAGUUCUUUAUGAAUCCACUCCAAAUUAGUGAGGACCAUUUGAUAGCCCUCUUCAACUUGGUCAUUCUGCUGUAUCUAGAAAACGAGGACCUGGUUAGCGGCGCCUUAAUAAAGAUGAACUGCAACGAAAAUGAUGAACAAACGGCCAACUUUGAUAAGGGCAUAUUUUGCAAUAUAGUCAACAAUGUGAUUUUCAAUUAUGAAAAGAAAAACCUGGUGAAGGAGUCCCUCUGCGGUUGUCUCAGCUUCUUGCUGUCGGUCCUAACCGCCAAAUAUGGAGACGUCCUCGAAAAUUUGAAGGUAACGUACACCAGGACCAAGCACGUUAAACGGAUGGAUGUCUGUAACAACAUCAUUAACACGUUUCUGUGA